AACGCAAAUCAAGGUGUUAUAUUUACAGAGGUCUAAAUAUACUAUCUUACCUGAAAAAGUUCCCGUAUUCUCCUUCGUUUGAGGUACUUUUCUGAGUCUUCCUUCUCCCCCAUCUUUGAGUAGACUUGACUUCUUCUUCUUUUAGAACUUCAGCAGCAAUCGGCAGAAAACAUGAAAAAUGGGAUAAUAGUCAAUGGAUUUGUAUUCGCAGACGGGUAUGUUGCAGGUAACCAACUGAAGAUCCAAAGUAAAUAUUACACUGAUAGUUAAACCACCGAGGCAAAUCGAUGGAUUGCUUUUGUUGUAUUUUGCUCGGAGGCGUGGCGGAUUUAAUGGGUUGACCAAUCACUGAACGUUAAAUUACACGUCACGUGAUUAAUGGACACUCGGGAACAUGGCGUCCUACAUGAUCCGAAUUUCUGCGCUGAUCUGCCUACUUUGCCAACUAAAUUUACAGGCAAUUUCCUCUAAUACUGUGGAGAAUGAAGCCAACAAGUUUUUCAGCAAAGGUCAUACAAAUAAUUGGGCUGUAUUGGUGUGCACAUCUCGAUUCUGGUUCAACUAUCGUCAUAUCGCCAAUGCAUUGUCCAUCUACCACAGUGUGAAGCGGCUAGGAAUUCCCGACAGUCAAAUCAUCCUCAUGAUAGCGGAUGACAUGGCCUGCAAUGCACGGAACCCAAGACCAGCUGCAGUGUUCAAUAAUGCUAACCAGCACAUCAAUGUUUAUGGUGAUGACAUCGAAGUGGAUUACAGAGGAUACGAGGUGACGGUUGAGAAUUUCAUCCGCGUUCUGACCGGUCGACUUCCUCCAAGUACCCCACGCUCCAAGCGGCUCCUGACCGAUGAUCGCAGCAAUGUCCUGGUGUACAUGACCGGACACGGAGGGGAUGGCUUCCUCAAGUUUCAAGAUGCGGAGGAGAUAAGCAGCAUCGAGCUGGCAGAUGCCUUCCAGCAGAUGUGGAAGAAAAGAAGAUACCAUGAACUGCUUUUUAUUGUGGAUACAUGCCAGGCUGUUUCACUCUACAAAUAUUUCUACUCUCCAAACAUCAUUGGCAUUGGUAGUAGUCAAGUCGGAGAAGAUUCCCUAUCACAUCACCAUGACUCCGCUAUUGGAGUGUAUAUCAUUGAUAGAUACACAUACUAUGUCCUGGAGUUCUUGGAAAGAAUGACACCAUCGAGUCAGAAAACAUUGGAUGAAUUUUUCAAGGUAUGUCCACAACGGGUCUGUAAGUCCACCCCAGGAGUUAGGGCAGACCUUUUCCAGAGGGACCCAAAGAAAGCCCUGGUCACAGACUUCUUCGGUAGCGUCCGCAACGUGGAAGUCUCAUUAAACCAAGUCAAUUUUACAGCUGAAGUGCCCGGUGAUGCCGUUCCUUCACAUAAAGUUGACGAUUCAGAAAAUACUGAGGGUGCAACUUUUGAUUAUGUCUCUCAGUUUCCAGAUGACUCUUUAUUAAAAUCUUUAGAAAAGGACCAGAGAGGUGCCAAGUUCCCUGUUCCUUUUGUGAUUGCGAGUAGCGUGUUUUUCGGCAUCGCGGGUUUGGUUCUCUUCACAAGGAUAUUAUCAUGACCCACGGCUGACUCUCGACUUGUACGUUAUAGGGUUAACAAAUUACAUUUAUAGCUGUGUUCAUGGUGAAAUGAAAGUUUGUAGUAUUUGAUUUUGAAAUCAAUGCAUUGUAUGACUUUGACUUUACAGUUGAAAAUCAUCUUUUAUAAUUAUUCCUGUCUAAAGGUAAAGCUGUAUUUGCACACCUUUUCUGUCUGGGAAAAAGGUUUGUAAUGCUUCUCUUACUGCAGUAAGACCUGCAGUCUGGUUACUUUCAUCCUUGUACGGACAGUAACCCAUCGUGGCUACUGCCGAUCUACUAAGUAAAAGGCCUGGGAGGAAUACCCUGUUUGCCAUUUGAUUGUUCGCCAGGGUAGACAAAUAGUAAAAGAUACCUUUGAUUAUCAGAAAUUGAGAAAGGUCGUCCUAUUUAGUACAUGACCUACUCGUGGGUACACAUUUUGAGCAAGCUGACUCAGUGGAGUGUCCCUGUACAGUAUACAUGUAGUAUAGCUCCUAUGACACGAACAUCAACACAGCUGAAUGAUGCACGGUCACUGGCGCGACCAUUAUGGUAGUGUCCUGAAAGAGUUGAAUAUUAUAAAAUUCAUGAAAUUCUAGCAUAGAGUUUAUUAUUAUCUCGCGCUUUGUUGUCAAAUAACAAAGAUUACCGGGUAUAGCCAUUUACUUUCGAUAAUCGAAUCUCUCAAAUCAGCAUCCAGUGAACAUUAUUGUUUAGUGUAAAAAGUAGUACCAGUUUUCUGUUGCCUAUUGAUGGUAAACUGAUCAACUGCAUCUAUUUUUUUAGUUUUCCUCCCAGGCAUUCCAAGUACAUCGUUAUUCACUAUAAUUUGGUAUCUUCUGAAAGAUCUGAGUCAAUUCCAACAUUCCAAGUUUAUGAAAUAAGAUAUCAAAAUAACCUCAAGAUGCAAUUGAUAUCAACACUGUGGUAAGGUGAAAGCCUGAAAGCAAAUCUGAAAUGUCUAUUUGAUAGGUUCAGGCUAUUACUGGCUUUUUAGGUCAAUUUUUUUGUUAAUUUGUUAAUUUCUAGGCAAAAUGAUAAAAAACACGACAAAUACAAGAUAAAUUUGAAUGCCAGGAGAUCUCCUAAUUGUUAAAUGAAAAAAUAAAAACAUGGGUAUUAUAUUGAAAAACAAUACAGAAUGCAAAUUGAAUCAAACCAGCAAUUCAUGCAUUUAUUAAAUUGUAGAAACGGAGCGGUAGGUGAAUUAGCCGAAUUUUGAGAGUUUCAAAGGGAAAUGUAAUGACAGUUAUCAUGUUUUUUGCGGAUUUAACAAAAAUGUCAUAAUUCCUUCUAUGUCUUUCCUUGGGACCUUGCCAUAGGUUUUUCCCCCAUUAAUAUAUUCCUGUCGGUGAUCUUUAACCCUGUGCAAAUGUCUCCCCACCAGCACCAUUAAGGAUGUGCCUUAUUUGUGUGUGUGUUGAGAGCAAUGAUUAUGCAAUAUUUUUUGUGUUAUUAAUCAUAUGAAAUGUUUGUUAAGUGGUAACGAAAGCACCUUGCAUAUCUGUUAUUGAUUUCUGAAUAUGAAGUUCUGCCAAGUAUCAUAAAAAUGAUUACCAACUAUGUAUAUUACAAUUUACAUGAGGAAUCAAUCAUUUAUAUACCACUGGACCCUGGGAGGUCGGGGUGCUGAAGCACCCCCAUGAUUUUCCUUGGGGGUGCUGUGUGCAUUAUUCUCCAUAGGCAGCACCCCCUGGAAUUCUGGUAGGUGUUAAAAAAUGGAGAAAUACAACCAAUGUAACUAAAAUGGCCUAUAUUGAAACUUUUGUGUGUGUUUUUUGUUGUUGCUUUAUUACACCAGCACCCCCAGUAGGCAUUCCCAGGGCCCUGCCCUGGACCAAGCAUUCUUCUCAUCUUUCAGAGGAUUUGAGGUGGAAAGUAACUUGUUAUUUGUUGACCUAAUUGAUAUGUAGGUGGAGACAAGCUUUCACUCUGUUUCAUGAGAAACAACAGAAACCUACUAAUGGCUUUAUUCACACAUUGUCAUAAAGCUUGCUGAAAACAUAUUGGUGAAAUAUUUUGUUUUUCUGUUCCAUGAUACCUUCAGAAGCAUUUCAAGUUUUGUUUCCAACAAUGUCCUUCCAGCGUGGUGUGGCAGCACUGGUUUCGUUGUACUCUGAAUUCUGUUGCUUUCCAUCUUUCCAUCAAUAUCAGCAAGAGAUAUCUUUUUCCUUGAUAAAUUCACUGGAGUAAAAAGCUUUAAGCUGAAGUAAGCUUCUGGGAAGGGCGUUCGUUGACAUUUCCCCAUCUAAAGUCAUGUCGUCGGAGGUUCUUGUAUCCAGAUUCGAAUCAAUUUCCUGACAUUACCUUUUUGCAUAUAAUCUAUUAGAGACUGACUGACCAUUCCUACAUGCAGUUGCGUCAAUACACUUGUGUCAUGAUGGUGUUCUUGGAUAGGAAAUCUACCAUUGGCAAUCCUUUCUUACCACUCUCUGGGAAUGUAACACGAUGCUCAAUAUAAAAACUCAUUUGGGUACCUUUAUCACAUCCAUAUCCUGCAGUUCUUCCCCCCCAAUGAAUCUACCAACCUUCCAAUUUUAUUUGAUUAUAAGAAUGUGUACAUUGUAUGCCCUAAAACAAUUAGGAUGUGGAGGGUAUGAAAUGAAAAUGUGUCUUCUUGUGAACUGAGAGUGAGAUCAACAGAAGUGGAACCACCAGUGUCUAGGACACCGCAGGGAUUUACCCCCGCCUGGCAUCCCAGAACCUCAUCCAUCAUUUCGAAAUAUCAAUGUGAAAUUCUUCCUCCCCACUCCACCUGGUAUUGUCUGUUGCUUUCUUAUAGUCC